CUCCGCUUCUGCCCUCUUUUCUCCUGAACGCUGAUGUGUUACUAACUCCAGUGUUAACUCUGACAAAAUGUUCAAUUUCGGACCAAAAUUGUUGCUGCUUUUCCUCCUGGCUUUCCCCUGUGGAUUAGUAUCCAUCGGCCAGGUCUCAGCAGACUCGGACUCUGCCGAGGACGUUGCCGAGGACACAGAUGCUGCAGUGGAUGAGGAGGAAGAUGAUGAAGAAGAGGUGCUUGUUGAGGAAGAUCAGAUGCAACCCACGGAGGGAGAAGAAGAUGACACUGAGGAAGGAGCAGAUAAACAGAUACUGUCCCACCCUGAUGCUGACACAACCAUCAUGUUCAUGACAGGAGAAGAGUUUCCUGCCAAUGAAAUUGUGAGGUUCCUGGUGGGUUUCACCAACAAGGGAAGUCAGGACUUCUCCGUUCAGUCGCUGGAGGCCUCCUUCCGCUACCCCCAAGACUUCCAGUUCUACAUUCAGAAUUUCACAGCUUUGCCUCUGAACACUGUAGUCAAGCCAGAGUCUCAGGCCUCCUUCGAGUACUCCUUCAUCCCAGCCCAGCCAAUGGCAGGUCGUCCAUUCGGUCUCGUCAUCCUCCUCAACUAUCUUGACACAGAGGGUGCCGUGUUCCAGACUGCGAUUUACAACCAGACUGUCACCAUCAUUGAGCGCGAAGAGGGACUGGACGGAGAAACGAUGUUCAUGUACAUCUUCUUGGUUGGACUGGUGGUCCUGAUGCUGUUUGGGAUGUACCAGGUCCUGGAGACACGGACGAAAAAGAGACUCUCAGUGAAAAUAGAGAAGGGAACUGGUGGGAUAAGCGAUGUUGACAUCAGCUGGAUUCCUCAGGAGACUCUCAAUGUCAUGAACAAGGCUUCCCCUAAAGCAUCUCCACGGAAACGAACCAACAGGGCUGCCGGAGCAGAUCAAUAAAAACUGCUCAUUUCCAUCCAUCAUCAUACUGUCCAUCAGGCUUUCAACGCUCAUUUCCUCGCCACACUAACCUAAUUGCCUUCCACAAAGGAACAACAUUUCUGGAAUGCAAUUUCUGUUCCGAGCAGAGACGUUUGUUCUGUCUGCUGCUCUGCUGGUACGACGACCAGAGAGCAUCCUGAACUCUGCUGCUCUGAUCAGAGCAUCAGACACUAACAGGACUAAACUAUAGUUCUUCAUAAGGGAACAUUUCUAUCAGUGUGUCUAUGUGAAAAACGAUAAGCCUAAAACUCAAACGUUCUUUUAAUGGAAAUUUAAAGGGAUAUAAUAGGGUAAACACUUCUCCCCAGUGUUGAGGAUUUUAUAACUUCUGAUGAUUUACAUUUCAUAUCUUAAAUUUUGAUAAAUACCCCUCCCCUCUAUCACGUUCCUUGUUUAAACUCUUUUUUUGCGAUGCCCUGAAAAGACUUGAUGUCAAGAACAAAUAGACGCAAUUGAUAAAAAAAAUCUUUCCAACUGGUGACGCUCCUGUUUCAACAUCUGGUCAUAUAUGGUCUGAGUUUUGUAUUUAAAUGUUGUUUGUUAACGGGGCAAUGGCAGCUGCAAAUACAAUGAACAUUCAAACAGUAUUCUUAGGAGGUUUUCUACAGGUCAGUACACCUGCUUUAUCACCUGACUGUUGUGAGAGUCUCAGGGGAGAAUUUCAGUCACUAAGUGUCAUUGAUGCAAUAUUUCUGGUUGCAUAGUAUUGUUUGAGAAAAAACACUUUUAAAAUGCAAUAAAAGAGUGAACAAAGUG